ACAGAAUCAUGAAUAUAAGGCGACUGCUGUUUAAAAAGGACCUGGUGUGGGGCCUCCGCUUCCUGAGGAUAAGUCUUUCGCUGAGCAAAGCCAACGAUCUGGACUCCUUUACCAGUGGGUGCAGUGCCGCCUACAUUGAGAAUAUGUAUAACAGGUGGAGAAAUAAUCCCAAGUCCGUAGAAAAGUCCUGGAAUACGUUCUUCAGCGGCAAGGAUAAGUUGCUUUCCAAAAAGUUGCCAGAUACCAGGAAGUUCAGGAAGAGCCCACCACCAGACAACAUACAUAUUAAGGCCCGGUCGCCCAAGGGAACGACUUCUGACAGCCAAGUGUCUACUCCACCGGCGCCUACUCCACCGGCGCCUACUCCACCGGCGACUGCUCCAUCGGGGGCUAAUAAACCGGUAGCUGCUCCACCGAAGUCCACUUCAUCCGCCUCUGAUUCACCCAGGGCAGCUUCACCGGGACCUCCUCCACCGGGACCUGCUCCACCAGCGCCUGUCGCCAACUGGAAGAACGUCGACGACCAUCACACGGUGCAAUCAAUCAUCCGUGCCUACCAGUUGCGUGGUCACCUGGCAGCCGAUCUUGAUCCUUUGGGAAUCGUGGGACCCACGAAGACAUCCUCGGUAGACGGCACCCAGCGACAAGCAGCAAAGGAGGUACUCAGGCAGCACUACUCUUACAUAUUCGGCGAUCUCAAUGCGAUGUUCAAGCUGCCCUCGUCCACAAUGAUCGGAGGCGAUGAGAAGUUUUUACCCCUCAGGGAGAUUCUGGACCGUUUGGAGCGCUCCUACUGUGGACACAUCGGAGUCGAGUAUAUGCAAUUGACUUCUUUAGCCAAGACCACAUGGAUUCGCAGGAGAUUUGAGAAGCCAAGUGCCUUGGACUUCAGCAAGGAUGAAAAAAGGAUCAUCCUGGAACGACUGGCCCGUGCGACGGGCUUCGAGAACUUUCUAGAUAAGAAGUUCACCUCGGAGAAGCGUUUCGGUCUAGAAGGAUGCGAUAUCAUGGUGCCCGUCAUCGAUGAGGUGGUGGAUAGGUCCGCCAAAGCCGGUGUGGAAUCCUUUCUUAUAGUAUCUUUUCUUACCGCAGGGAUGGCCCAUCGCGGUCGCCUUAAUGUACUGGCCAAUAUCUGCCAAAGGUCCAUUGCCGACAUUUUGUCUCAGUUUCACGGUUUGGAGGCUAGCGACUGUGGAUCCGGUGAUGUGAAGUACCACCUGGGUGUGUUCCAGGAGCGGCUGAACGAAUUGAGCAACAAAAUGUUACGCAUCACCGUGGUGGCCAAUCCCUCGCACUUGGAGCACGUUAACCCAAUCGUUUUGGGAAAGGCACGGGCGGAAAUGGAUCUGCGCGGCGACACGACUGGCGAUAAAGUUUUGCCCAUCAUCAUUCACGGUGAUGCCUCCUUCUGCGGCCAGGGUGUGGUCUAUGAGUCCUUGCACUUGUCCGAUCUGCCCAAUUAUACCACCUAUGGCACCAUACACAUCGUCUUGAAUAACCAGGUGGGCUUCACCACGGACCCACGCUUCUCACGCUCCUCGCGCUACUGCACGGGUGUGGGCAAUGUAGUGAAUGCCCCCAUUUUCCACGUGAAUGCCGACGAUCCGGAGGCAUGCGUCUACUGCGGUCGCAUUGCCGCCGAUUACCGCGCCAAGUUCAAAAAGGAUGUGGUCAUUGAUAUCGUUGGCUACCGUCGCAACGGGCACAACGAGGCGGAUGAGCCGAUGUUUACCCAGCCAUUGAUGUACCAGACCAUCCGAAAGAAAAAGCCCUGCCUGGAACUCUAUGCGGAGAAGCUCAUCAAGGAGGGCAUCGUGUCGGACAGCGAGUACAAGGAGAUGGUUGCCAAAUACAACAAGAUCUGCGAGGAUGCAUUAAUUGAGUCGAAGAAAAUUAAAACGAUCAAGCACUCCACAUGGAUCGAUUCACCAUGGCCUGGUUUCUUCGAGGGCCGCAACCCGCUCAAGGAGUGUCCCACUGGCGUCAGCGAGGACACCCUCAAGAAGAUUGGCACGAUUUUCUCCAGUCUACCGCCUCCGGAGCGCAAGUUCAAGACGCACAAGGGCAUUGAGCGUAUCCUGUCGCAGCGGAAACGGAUGGUGGACAACAGGGUGGCGGAUUGGUCGUUGGGCGAGGCCUUCGCCUUUGGAUCGCUGCUAAAGGAGGGUAUCCACGUGCGUUUGAGUGGCCAGGAUGUAGAGCGCGGUACGUUCUCGCACCGACACCAUAUACUCCAUCACCAGACAGCCGACAAGACGGUGUAUUCUCCACUGAACCACUUGUAUGCCGACCAGGCGGAAUACUCCGUCUCCAAUAGCUCGUUGUCGGAGUGUGCAGUCCUGGGCUUCGAACAUGGCUACUCGAUGGCCAGCCCGUAUGCCCUGGUAAUUUGGGAGGGACAGUUCGGAGACUUUUGCAACACGGCGCAGUGCAUCAUAGAUCAGUUCAUUGCCAGCGGUGAGUCCAAGUGGGUGAGGCAAUCCGGCGUGGUCCUGCUGCUUCCCCACAGCAUGGAGGGCAUGGGCCCGGAGCACUCCUCUGGUCGCAUGGAGCGUUUCCUGCAGAUGAGCGAUGACGACCCUGAUAUAUACCCGGAUACCAACGACGAUGACUUUGCGGCACGCCAGUUGAUGAACAUCAAUUGGAUCGUAACGAACCUAUCAACGCCGGCCAAUCUCUUUCAUUGUUUGCGGCGUCAAAUAAAGAUGGGUUUCCGUAAGCCACUGAUCAACUUCUCACCCAAAUCGGUUUUGCGCCACCCGAUGGCGCGGAGUCCCUUUGAGGACUUUAACGAGAGCAGCUUCUUUCAGCGUCUCAUUCCAGAGAAGGGUCCAGCCUUAGAGAAUCCCGAGUGCGUAACCAAGCUAAUAUUUUGUUCCGGAAAAGUGUACUAUGAUCUUUUCAAGGAGCGUGAGGACCACGAGCAGGUGAACACCGUGGCCAUAGUGCGGGUGGAGCAGAUUUGCCCCUUUCCCUAUGAUUUAAUAACGCAACAAGUGGAGCUGUAUCCGAACGCGGAGUUGCUCUGGGCCCAGGAGGAGCAUAAGAACAGCGGUGCAUGGUUCUACAUUCAGCCACGAUUCGACACUAUGUUGCUGCAGAACGAGAACGAAACACGCUGCGUGUCCUACCAUGGACGUGCGCCCAGCUCCUCGCCGGCGACUGGCAAUAAGGUGCAACACUUCAAGGAGUAUAAGGCCUUCAUGGACAGCAUAUUUGGCGAGCUGACCGAGGAGAAUAAGGCACGCCUGCAGGGCAUCGUCAAGGAGCAGCAGGCGAAGACCAAGGCUGAAUUCCAGACCUCUAGACAGAAUAGUCCAACGCCACCGCAGAAGCCGAAAGAUGAUGUUCCGCCACCUGUUAAGGCUGAAUCGCCAAGCAAAAAGCCCUCGAGUCCGUCCUGAGCCAAAUAGAAAAGAAAUUCACGUUUCUGAAUCCAGAGCAAGCCCUCCGACGCCGACCAAAGGUGCAUCCCCUUCUUCUACUCCUGUCACAGAAAAAGUCUUGUCCAAAAAGUAGCGCAAGCCUAAGCCUUCGCCAGACGAAUCUAACCGAGGACCCUAAGGCGUCAACGAAGACCAAUGUGUAGCCUUAAUUAUCGUUCGGGUUGACCUACAUUAAUCCAGCAAAUAAACCAGAAAACAAAAUUCACUGAAA